CCGGAGUCCGCGGCCACCUGCCCUCCCGUCAUGGCCAGAUUCUGGGUCUACGCAGCCGGGGCCGGCGCCUUGCUGUCCUUGUUGAUUCUGCAUUUUCAUCUGUGUGGCUCUCCGGUUUUAAGAAAAAUCUCUUUCAAAAUUAACUGGAACACAGAGCAAGUGCUUUACCGGCUGGAUGUGGGUUGGCCCAGGAAUUCAGAAUACUUUACUGGCACAACGUUUUGUGUCGCAGCGGACUCCCUGAACGGAUUGGUGUACGUGGCCCAGAGAGGGGAUAACGUCCCAAAGGUGUUAGUGUUCACAGAGGAUGGAUAUUUGCUGCGAGCCUGGAAUCACACAGUUGACACCCCUCACGGUAUCUUUGCAGCCAGUACACCCCAGGAGCAGUCGGUCUGGAUCACGGAUGUAGGAAGUGGAUCCUACGGCCAUACUGUUAAGAAAUACAACUCCUUUGGUGAUCUUGUUCAAGUCUUGGGUACUCCCGGGAAGAAGGGCACUGGUUUGAAUCCCCUGCAGUUUGAUAACCCCGCAGAACUCUAUGUAGAGGACACCAGGGAUAUUUACAUUGUGGAUGGUGAUGGAGGACUGAAUAACAGGUUGAUCAAGCUGUCCCAAGAUUUCAGCAUCCUAUGGCUGCGAGGAGAAAAUGGCUCCGAGCCUGCCAAGUUCAACAUACCUCACAGUGUCACAGUUGAUUCCACUGGCCGGGUAUGGGUUGCUGACCGAGGAAAUAAAAGAGUCCAAGUGUUUGACAAAGAGACUGGGGAGUGGCUGGGAACAUGGGAUAAUUGUUUCCUCCAAGAAGGCCCUUCUGCACUCAGAUUUACACCUGAUGAAAAGUACUUGAUUAUGGCCCAGCUGAAUCUUAGCAGGCUCCUCGUUGUGGCAGCACCCCCAGCAGGAGACAUUGGCCAGUGUUCUGUGAUCAGCACAAUCCAACUGGCAGAUCAGGUGUUGCCACAUCUCCUAGAAGUCGAUAAGAGGACUGGGGCAAUCUAUGUAGCGGAAAUUGGAGCAAAACAAGUGCAAAAGUAUAUGCCUUGGAGUGGCUAUGUUCUUUGAUUUUGAUCAUUUUUUUUUAACUGUGGAUAUUUC